AUGAGUGGAGAAUAUAGAGGCAGAGGAUUUGGGCGAGGAAGAUUUCAAAGCUGGAAGAGAGGCAGAGGUGGUGGGAACUAUUCAGGAAAGUGGAGAGAACACAGACCCGGACUAAUUAAAACCACAGGGAAGCAUUCUCCUGAACAGACCCCACAAUCUUUGCAGUUACAGUCAACACUGGACCAGUUCAUACCAUAUAAAGGCUGGAAACUUUAUUUCUGUGAAGUUUACAGUGAUAACUCUCCUUUUAUUGAGAAGAUUCAAGCAUUCGAAAACUUUUUCGCACGGAACAUUGAUUUAUAUGAUAAGGAUGAAAUAGAAAGAAAGGGAAGUAUAUUGGUGGACUUUAAAGAACUGACUAAAGAUGAUGAAAUCACUGACCUGAUACCAAAUAUAGCGAAUGAGCUAAGGGAUACACCUGAGAAAACCUUGGCUUGCCUGGGCCUGGCGAUACACCAGAUAUUAACUAAGGACCUUGAACGGCAUGCAGCUGAAUUACAGGCCCAAGAAGGAUUGCCCAGUGCUGGAGAAACCAUGGUAAACGUGCCACACAUUCACGCGAGAGUGUACAACUAUGAGCCCUUGACACAGCUCAAGAAUGUCCGAGCAAAUUACUAUGGGAAAUAUGUUGCUCUCAGAGGGACAGUAGUCAGAGUCAGUAACAUCAAGCCCCUUUGCACCAAGAUGGCUUUUCUGUGUGCUGCCUGUGGAGAAAUUCAGAGCCUGUCUCUUACAGAUGGAAAAUUUAGUCUUCCCUCAAAGUGUCCUGUGCCUGCUUGUCGAGGGAAGUCAUUUACUGCCCUCCGGAGCUCUCCGCUCACAGUCACGAUGGAUUGGCAGUCGAUCAAAAUCCAGGAACUAAUGUCUGAUGAUCACCGAGAAGCAGGUCGAAUUCCUCGAACAAUAGAGUGUGAACUUGUUCAUGAUCUUGUAGACAGCUGUGUCCCCGGAGACAUUGUGACCGUUACUGGAAUUGUGAAAGUCUCCAAUGCUGAAGAAGGCUCUAGAAAUAAGAAUGACAAGUGUAUGUUCCUUCUGUACAUUGAAGCUAAUUCUGUCAGUAACAGCAAAGGACACAAAACAAAGACCUCAGACACUGGAUCUAAGCAUGGAGCAAUGAUGGAGUUCUCACUUAAAGACCUUUAUGCCGUCCAAGAGAUCCAAGCUGAAGAAAAUCUGUUUAAGCUCAUUGUCAACUCACUCUGUCCUGUCAUUUUUGGUCAUGAGCUUGUUAAAGCAGGUUUGGCAUUAGCACUAUUUGGAGGAACCCAGAAAUAUGCAGAUGACAAAAACAGAAUUCCAAUCCGAGGAGACGCACACGUCCUUGUUGUUGGAGAUCCAGGCUUGGGAAAGAGCCAGAUGCUACAAGCAGUAUGCAACGUCGCUCCACGUGGCGUGUAUGUUUGUGGAAAUACUACUACCACUUCUGGUCUGACUGUCACUCUUUCUAAAGAUAGUUCUUCUGGAGAUUUUACUUUGGAAGCUGGUGCCCUGGUACUUGGUGAUCAAGGUAUUUGUGGAAUAGAUGAAUUUGAUAAGAUGGGGAAUCAACAUCAAGCCUUACUAGAAGCCAUGGAGCAGCAAAGUAUUAGUCUUGCUAAGGCUGGAGUGGUUUGCAGCCUCCCUGCAAGAACGUCCAUUAUUGCUGCAGCAAAUCCAGUUGGAGGACAUUACAAUAAAGCCAAAACAGUGGCUGAGAACUUGAAAAUGGGGAGUGCUCUCUUGUCCAGAUUUGACUUGGUCUUUAUCCUGUUAGACACUCCUAAUGAGGAUCAUGAUCACUUACUCUCAGAACAUGUGAUCGCAAUGAGAGCUGGAAAGCAGAGAACUGUUAGCAGUGCCUCCGUAGCUCGUGUGAAUAGUCAAGAUUCAAAUACUUCGGUACUUGAAGUGGUUUCUGAUAAACCUUUAUCAGAAAGACUAAAGGUGGCUCCAGGAGAAACAAUAGACCCCAUUCCACAUCAGCUACUUAGAAAGUACAUUGGCUAUGCUCGGCAGUAUGUCUAUCCUAAGUUAUCAGCAGAUGCUGCUCAAGUUCUUCAAAAUUUUUACCUGGAGCUACGAAAACAGAGCCAGAGGUUAAAUAGCUCACCAAUAACUACUAGACAGCUGGAAUCUCUAAUUCGCUUAACAGAGGCACGAGCAAGGUUGGAAUUGAGAGAGCAAGCCACCAAAGAUGAUGCUGAAGAUAUAGUUGAAAUUAUGAAAUAUAGCAUGCUAGGAACUUACUCUGAUGAAUUUGGAAACCUAGAUUUUGAGCGCUCACAGCAUGGUUCUGGAAUGAGCAACAGGUCAACAGCAAAAAGAUUCAUUUCUGCUCUCAACAACAUUGCUGAAAGAACCUACAAUAAUUUAUUUCAAUAUCAUCAACUUCUACAGAUUGCCAAAGAGCUAAACAUUCAGGUUGUUGAUUUUGAAAACUUUAUUGGAUCUCUAAAUGACCAGGGCUUCCUCUUGAAAAAAGGUCCAAAGGUUUACCAGCUUCAGACAUUGUAAAGGAACUUUACUAAAUCAAGGCUUACUGGGUUUAU